CAGCAGUGCUGGAGAUGACAGAGAGUGAUGGAGAAGAGCUACACAGCUUCGGAUGAUUGACAGCCUCGUGACCCAAUAGACAGGAUGAUCGCUACCGGCGGGCUGCUGAGGAUUUCCCGUCGCCAGGACUCGCUGCGAACCAAGAACCACGCGGAGAACAAGAAGAAGCGGAAAGCUAGGAAGAAGCGCAAGAACGACGUGGUGGUGGUGAAGGGCAAAGUGAAGCUGUGCUCCGUCUCUGGGCUGGUGGCAGCGCUGGGGGUCUUGAUCCUGAUGAUCGGCAUCACCAUGGCCGUACUGGGAUACUGGCCCAGAGAGAGGAACCACCAGAAAUUCAUCAAACCCGUGCCACAAAUAAUAACCGAGAACUUUACGAGCAAUAACGAGUUAGUGAAGUCAAACGCCUCAUCUGGCUUCUUCAGAAGUCUGCUUGUGAGAUAUUUAUACUCGGACAACCUCAAAGUCUUCGGACCGUUAGUGAUGGGCAUCGGGAUUUUCCUCUUCAUCUGCGCCAACGCGGUUCUCCACGAGGAUCGUGAUAAGAAAACCAAAAUCAUCAACCUGCGAGACAUUUACUCCACAGUCAUCGAUAUCCACAGUUUGCGCACCAAAGACUGCGUCCCAUUCAACGGCCUCAUCAGCUACAUGCAGUCGAAGAGCGAUAAACCCGCGUCUCCACAAAACACCAGAUGCCCAUCGUCUGCGAGAAAACACAGCUUGUUUGCGAAGCACCCGUCGUUUGCGGACACGAUCUAUAGCAUACAUCACGGAGCCGAGUGGGAGACGCACUCCAUCGUCACGUCGUCGCUCAAUGCCUUCACGCUCCCCGUCAUCAAACUCAACAACUGCGACAUGCAGGAGAACGAACCUCCGCGGCGUAAGAGCUGUGGCGCGGCGGUGGAGACCAAAGCGGAGGUCUCGAGGACACGGAUGUCUCUUUCCCAGGAUUCAAAGCUCAACAUGGCGCAGCUGCAGGUCGCGGGGUCACACCUGUCUCUGGACACGCUGAAGGAGGAUCCGUGCCUCAGGUGUUUGGACGAGAGCUCACGCAGGUUCAGCUGUCCCAGACUGGAGCGAUCGGGCAGCAAGGGCUACAUUAAACUGGGAGGAGAUUCAUUUGAGACGCCUGACAGGGGACGAGAGGAGAAAACCCAGACACGUUUGCAAAAACUCACUGCGUCAUUGUCACAUUUAUAAAAGACGAUUGUGAUAAACACUUCUAACCCUGUAAAGCCUGACUUAAUAAAGCAGUAAGCCCAAUG